AUCUACAACAAAUUACAGCACUUUUUAAUGUGAAGCCUUUCUGCUUUCAAGUGAGUAGAAUUGCUUAUUAUGAAGAAUCAGAAGCCAAAGCACCACUCUGAGGUACCCUAUUGAUCGGUUCUCAACUCUUCGUAUCUGCACAUUAACGUUAACGCUCAAACUCAACGGUGGUUUAGCAAAUGGUGGUGUGUUUUCCAUCAACACCAAAGAAACUGGCCAUGACCAUUGCGUGCUUCCUCUGUGGUGGUGCAGGUUUAGCUGUUGGGGCGCACCUCUCUUACGUCAAUGUUGCUCCCCAGCGGGAUCGAACCUUAGCUCGCGAUGAUUUUGUUAGAGAAACGUUGAGGAAGAAGUAUGGUUACAUUCCCCCGAUGCAGGCUCGAAACAUGGCUCGCAGUGAUUCCACCAAACAACAGUGAAUGACUUUUGAGUUUUAAAUCACUUCAUCAAAUGAAGAAUAAAUGCUUAUUGCCUAUGCUUUUCACCCUAUUUAUCAAUGUUUAUAGUUGUGCCCUUCUUGAGUUUCUGCAACUUUAUAGUUGUGUACUCUUGAUAUCAAAUGUGUGUAUGGGUAGUGUAUUUUAGAGAUUAUUAUUAUUGUUGUGAAAUAGCUGCACUAAUGUUGCAGACAUCAACUCGAUCAGAUGAAGCCAUUAGUUUGAUUCCUUAUGGAUAUGUCACCGUGGAUAAUUCAUUAGUACUCACUCAAUGAGAUUCUGUUCUAUUGAAGUAAAAAGGCUAGUAACUAACUUGAAAAUAGGGAUGUUAGGAGUUAGGACGGUUUAAAAGGAAAGACCAAAUUUGAAACUACUUGAGGAAGAAAAGUGCCACAACUAAAUGAAGCCAGCUAGGGAAGUACAUUGUAAUGAGUAUGACCAUCAUGCAGCAGAUAAACAAUUGUUAGUACUGCACAAUUGUACACUUCCAAUUGAAAUAUAAUUUGUCAUCUUCAGCUUCUUAUUUUCUUUCUGGUAAAGCAUAGGAUAGAUAUGGAGAUAUACAAAAUAUUGCAGUUCAAAAUUAGGAUUUCAAGUAAUUUUGCAUAGCCUACAAAGAAAGCAUCUCCAGCUCCUAUAUCUUGAAGAGUUUAAUGAGUGUUCUUGUGUAUAUUUUCCUUCAUCUUCUGCAGCUGCUCAUGAUUAUCCAUUGAAUCAGAUUUUAGCUUCCAAAACCAAGAUAAUUUUAUUGUAGAAAUGUCAUUUGCAGGAUGAUACAUGUUACAUGGUCUAAAAUGAGGAAAUGGGGUUGAAUAAAAUGAAGAAUGUAAGAGGGGCAUGCAAUAACAGUGAGAAGGAGGAAGGAGGUUCAAAGAAGAAAGAUGCAAGGAAACAACUUGAAUAGAAUUUCUGCAAACUCAAUUAAGGUCUUCUAUAUGUGUCAACAAAAUCAAAUUUCUAUCCGGUCACUGUUUAUGCCGAUUAUUUCGGAUUCAAAAUUUAGCCACAGUUAAAGCUCUUCAUCCCUCCCCAUGGGUGUACUCAGCUUGCGUUGCCAACUGAACUGAUUCUCUGGUUGAUUAUCCAUUGAAGCUUUCAAAUUUGCAGAACAAAUGUUACUAAAAGAAUCAAGUUCACUGAUGCCUGACGAUGAUGUCAAGGCUGCUAUUACUGAGUUUGCUAGGGGAUUCAACCACAGUUACUACCAACCCCUGCACAUAGCAAUACUAAAAGGCGAUUGGAAAUCUACAAAGGCUUUCCUUGAUAGAGAUCCAAGUGCAUUGACAGCAAAGAUUACCAUGAUUGGCAGGACUGCACUUCAUGUUGCGGCGCUCGGAGGUCAGUGGCGGCUUGUUGAGAAGCUGGUGCAACAUGUGCCGGCACAUUUACUUGGAGAACUUGACUUGAUGGGUUGUACUUGCCUACACUAUGUUGCAAUGGGUGAAAGCAUAAUGGCAGCCAAAGCAUUGGUGGCUAAAAAUCCUUCUCUGACACAAAUUAUAGAUUUCAGAGGUUCCACACCACUCAUCUAUAGUAUUACCUCUACCAGAUGUAAGGAGAUGGUGUGGUAUCUUGUCUUGAACACUACAGAUGAGAGACCUGGUUCUCCAUUCUCUGGUCCUUCUGCUGGUCUGCUUGUGGCUUUGCUUACUGCUGCCGGAUUGCAUGAUAUCACCAUGUAUCUUCUUCAGCAGUACCCUAACUUGGCCACUAUUUCUGAUUCAAAUGGAAGCACAGUGCUCAAUGUAUUGUCGAAACUGCCCUCGCAUUUCCAAGGUGGAAAUAAGCUUAGGUUUUGGGGGAAAUGCCUUUACCAUUUUGUUCCCGUGGAACUUGAUUACUUACCACCCAAUCAGUUGAGAGGAGAUUUAAAAGAUUCUUAUGGGCAAAAAUCAAGCCAUACCCAUUCUCAUUUUGGAAGUACAAUAUGCAAUGCACUUCAAAAUCUUGUUCCUGGUAUAAAGCUAGUUCGAGAUGCAAAGUUAAGACAAGAAUCUGCUGUGAGAUUGGUAGAAUUUGUUUGCUCACAAGUUUCAGCCAUGAACGACUCUCAAUUCUGGCAGACUUUUGUGAGUGCAGGCAUUAUCUUCAAUGCCGCAUCAUCUGGCAUAGUUGAAAUCUUAAGGAUUUGUUGCCAAUUUUUUCCUGAUUUAGUUUGGACUCACAUGCCAAAUGAAGGGUACAUAGCUCAAAUAGCCAUCAAGAACCGGCAAGAAAAAGUUUUCAGUUUUCUGUGCAAGAUGCCAAUCAUUUGCAAGUUUUUAGUCUUAGCUUUAGAUGAAUCACAGAACACCACAUCACAUCUGGCAGCAAGGUUUACUUCUCCUAAACUAGCAUCAAUUUCUGGUGCAGCAUUUCAAAUGCAGAGAGAGUUACAGUGGUUCAAGGAAGUAGAGAAAUGGGAUCACCCUCUCCAUAAAGAAGUAAAAGACCAAGAUGGUAAAACAGCUUGGCAAUUGUUCAGGGAAGAGCACAAAGCAUUGCUUGAAGAAGGGAAGAAUUGGAUGAAGGACACAUCAAACUCUUGCAUGAUAGUGGCAACUCUUAUUGCUACAGUGGCUUUUGCUGCUGCUAUCACAGUACCUGGAGGCAACCAACAGGACAAAGGAUUCCCAAUAUUCUUGCCACAUAACACAUUUUUAGUGUUUAUUGUGUCGGAUGCAUUAGCUUUGUGUUCCUCAAUGGCUUCUCUUCUGAUGUUUUUAGCAAUCCUGAAUGCGCCCUAUGCGGAGGAGGAUUUUCUUAACGCAUUACCCCAUAGAUUGAUAAUUGGUUUGGCAUCUCUGUUCUUUGCCAUAGUGACCACAAUGAUAGCAUUUAGUGCAGCCCUGUCUUUGUUGCUCCAGGAGAGACUAAAAUGGGUGCCAAUUCCUAUUGUUCUUCUGGCUUGUGUUCCGAUCACUUUAUUUGCAAGGCUUCAACUUCCAUUGUUCAUACAAAUGAUCAUAUCAACAUAUGGAUCUCCCAUUUACCAUCAUCAGAGACUUUGGUAAGGCGCUUCUGGUCUAUUCUAUAGCUCAUAAGAAACAAGACAGCAAGGAAAACAAGACAAAAUCAAGUUGCUAUGUCUCUUUUGUAAAGCACCCUGUCUCGUCUAUUAAAUUUGUGUCAAAUAUAUACACAUCAAAUUUAAAUUUUCCCAUUCAUUCUUUUA